AGCAGCAAAGCCCGACGAACAAUCAGAGGAGAAGGGUCUCUUCGAUGCGUACAAUUCCUCUCGCCGGCAAUCUUUCGCGUAGCCUUUUGCAGUGAACAUCUACUCCGUUGUGUGCUUGGCCGAACUAACUUGUGCUCUAGAUAGAUUGUCAACUCGUCGUCGUGCCGGAAGAACGGUGAAGAACCAGUGCAUAAUAACAUCCCAGAUAACAUCCGAUUCUAGAUGUUUGUCGAGUGUUGUUGGAAGUGGUGGUCGUAGUCGUCGUUGUCGGGAGUGCAUUUCUUGCCCGUCAUCAUCACCACCAUCAUCAUCAGCGGUUGUGUUGUCUCCGUGGAAGUUUCUGCGUGAAACGCGCUCAUUUUCGACACUUGCGCGCACUUCACCCGUUGCUACUGCCGUCGCCGCCGCCACCUCGUGGACCUCUCACCACGUGCAACCAUUAUCGUAUCAACGUUGCUGCCAUAAUCACAGCUUGGCUAUCGCCGGAUCGCCGCCGCCGCCUGCUGCAGUUGGAAGUGAUUGUUUGAAGAAUUUGUGUUGUGCAUGUGGUUGGAUUUAUCACCGGAGGAGUGCAAAUAGAAGUGUGGUACCACAACCUCAGAGUUUGAUAAGGUAUUUCAGUAGUACCGUUUCAACGCCGGUGGUGCUGCCUAACAGUGUGAGUGACUAUCCAUCGACGGGUCGAGCAGGAGAAGCAAAAAGUGCAAACUGUAAAAGUGCUAGUGACGGAAACGCAGGGGAAGCAUCUGCUGUCGUCCGAGGUGAAUCUGGUGGCAAAAUGUCGUCAAAGCCGGCCUUUCAACGAUUGCCCACCAAUGUGGUGCCGGAGCACUACGAUUUGGCGCUGAAGCCGAAUCUCAAGGCGUUCACGUUCGAAGGCAGCACGUCGGUGAAGAUCCAGAUCAAAUCCCCAACCGAUCAUGUCACACUGAAUGCACUGGAUCUGGUGAUUCCUAAGGCAACCAUCACUUUUGGUCCAGACAACACCAUACUAACAGCAACGGAGACAAAGUUCUGCGCCGAUCAAGAAACAGUAUGCUUCGUUUUCCCGUCAGAAAUCCCCGCUGGUUCGGCUCAACUGGACCUGGAGUUCACCGGCGAGCUAAACGACAAAAUGAAAGGCUUCUACCGGAGCAAAUACUUCACUUCGUCGGGCGAGGAGCGGUUCGCUGGAGUGACUCAGUUUGAAGCCACCGACGCGAGACGAUGUUUCCCGUGCUGGGACGAACCUGCAAUAAAGGCAACCUUCAAUAUUUCGCUAACAGUGCCAAAGGACCGCGUGGCGCUGUCCAACAUGCCCGUGGUAAGCGAAAGCGAAUCAGACGGUCUGCGGACUCUCAAGUAUGGACGGACCCCAAUCAUGUCGACCUAUCUGGUUGCCGUUGUGGUCGGAGAGUUCGACUACGUGGAAGGAAAAUCGAAAGAUGGUGUACUGGUGCGGGUAUUCACGCCCGUGGGAAAGAAUGAGCAAGGGAAGUUUGCGCUCGACGUGGCCAUCGAAGUGCUGCAUUACUACAAUUCGUAUUUCUCGAUCGAGUAUCCACUGCCAAAGAUGGACCUGGUUGCAAUAUCGGAUUUUUCCGCCGGUGCUAUGGAGAACUGGGGUCUGAUCACAUAUCGGGAGACUUUUGUGCUAGUCGAUUCGGAGAACACAUCACUGAUUCGGAAGCAAUCAAUUGCCUUGACGGUGGCUCAUGAGAUUGCCCAUCAAUGGUUUGGAAACCUGGUGACCAUGGAAUGGUGGACUCACCUGUGGCUCAAUGAGGGCUAUGCUUCAUUUGCGGAAUUCCUUUGUGUUAACAAGCUUUUCCCUAACUAUUCCAUCUGGAAUCAAUUCACCACCGAUAUGUAUACUCGUGCCUUAGAGCUGGACUGCCUCAAAAACUCCCAUCCAAUCGAGGUCCCCGUGGGGCAUCCGUCUGAAAUCGACGAAAUUUUCGACGAAAUCAGCUACAACAAGGGAGCCAGUGUUAUCCGCAUGCUUUACCAUUACCUUGGGGAUGAUGACUUCCGAAAAGGAAUGAAUCUGUAUCUGACUCGGCACAAGUACAAGAACACCUUCACGGAAGACCUGUGGGCAGCUUUCGAGGAGACAAGCAGUAAGCCAGUCGGCAGCAUCAUGUCCACCUGGAUCAAGCAAAUGGGUUUCCCGGUGGUAAAGAUCCUGUCGUCCGAGCAGAAGGGAACCACCCGAGUCCUCAAGCUGGAGCAGGAGAAGUUCUGUGCCGAUGGCUGUCGAGCCGAACAGAAGUGCCACUGGAUGAUCCCGAUCAUUAUCUCAACCCCGAACUCGUCGUAUGCGCACACCUUCAUCAUGGACAAGGAAACGGUCGAGGUCGAGGUGGACAACGUGGAUCCGGCUCACUGGGUUAAGCUGAAUCCGGCGUCCAUCGGGUACUAUCGCACGCAGUAUCCGGCAGACAUGCUGGACAAAUUCCUGCCGGAAAUUAGCAGCAACAGUAUGCAGCCUCUGGAUCGGCUGGGACUGCUGGAUGAUCUGUUCGCGUUGGUCCAAGCCGGAAGGAGUUCGACAGUUGAUGCACUAAAAGUGAUGGACGCAUGCCAAAAUGAGCACGAUUACACCGUGUGGUCAUCGAUUUCCAAUUUCCUGACCAAGCUGCAACUACUGUUGGCCAACUCGCCCGCAGAAGAACACUUCAACCAAUAUGGAACCCGCCUGUAUAGGACCGUGGCCAACAAACUGGGCUGGACGGUGAAACCCGACGAGAACCAUUUGGACACCCUUCUGCGGCCGCUCGUUCUCAGCCGGUUGGUGUCUUUCCGCUGUCCCCAAACGGUUACCGAGGCUAAAUCUAGGUUUGCGGACCACGCUUCUGGAAAGUGUGUUCUACCGGCGGAUCUGCGCAGCACCUGCUACAAAGCAGUCCUUCAAAAUGGCGAUUUGAGCACCUUCAACGAAAUGCUACGCCUUUAUCGGGCAACCGAUUUGCACGAGGAAAAGGACCGCAUUUCCCGCGCGCUCGGGUCCAUCAGUGACGUGGAAAUCCUACGCAAAGUAAUCGAAUUUGCCAUGUCCAAUGAAGUGCGUGCUCAGGAUUCGGUAUUCGUGAUUGUGUCCGUAGCGAUCAAUCCCAAGGGACGGGACAUGACCUGGGACUAUUUUAAGGAGAACUGGAAGAUUCUAUUGGACCGCUACGAGGGAGGAUUCCUUCUGUCCCGUUUGAUCAAAUACCUAACGGAGAACUUCUCCACCGAAGAACGAGCUGUCGAAGUUCAGCAAUUCUUCAAGGAUCAUGAAUUCCCCGGCACUGAGCGAACCGUUUCGCAAUCCAUCGAGACCAUCCGACUGAACGUGGCUUGGCUCAAACGCGAUCUGGAAGGCAUUAAUGCGUACCUGAAGCAAUAGAGGUGCAUUUGAGUAACGCAGACGAAGAAGCAUUUUCCAAAAGACCACGAAACCUGUUCAUCACACCAAUUAUUCGUUGUUAUGUUGCAUGUUAGAAUUGAAAUUUAGUUGCAUGCUUUUUAUCUUUCGUAACAGUAUAUGGCCAUAAGUACCUUCGUUCCCCGUUUCCGUACGAUAAAUGCCAAAGGUUGGCGAAACAGCAGUGCCAGUAGAGUAUAUUACAGAGCAUAAUAAAACCUAAAUAAAUUAAACACAGAGCAUUACACUUGGUAACAAUUGUUAGAUUUUUGUCCGUAAUUUAAGUUGUUUUUAUGCUAAAAUAAGCAAUAAUGGUAAGAUGCGUAGAUUGAUUCGUUCAGUAGAUUUAUGCCUUAUAGGUUGCAUUGCUGAGGGUAAUUUUUUACUCUUUUUAAGAAUUAUAUACAUAUGCAUAUUCUGCCAUUUGUAGACAGUGUUAGGAAGCGUUGAACGAUUGCAAAUUGGAAUAAAAACUCGAAAGGUAA